AUGCCUAUCUAUACAGUUCCAAAAAGAAGUAAUAUUAAUGGGCUUGGUGAUUCUUCGCAAAAGCAGCCCGCAGAAAUUACCUGUUCUAGGAACAGGUUUGGACAACAAUUUACGCUGUGUGUAUCAGAGAAGGAGAGCAGCAACCCAUUGUCACAGUCCUUGAGUAAGGCUAGAGACUUAAACAGGACCUAUGUGGUUUCUGCCUGUACCAAACUGUCCAAUGCCUCACCUGUGACUACAACUGAACACAAACUAACCCUCCAGAGAAGAACUGUGACAAAGGAAGAAAAAUCUAAUGAGAGUAUUGGAUAUGCUAGUGAAAACACACAAACAGAAAGAAGAUUGACCCUACAACGCCGUACAAGAAUUGGAUCAACUGAGACGCAUAAAGCAAAUAGCAUUUAUGAUGCUAGAGGAGAAAAUGCAGUAUCUGUGCCGCAGAAGAGUACCAAAAGUACACUUCCCCCUGUCACUAACAGCAGUGGCCUGCCACUUGUUAUGAGUGGCCUAGAGUCACGCAAAGACUCCAGGAAUGGAAAGAUCAAUCCUGAUGUGAAAAUUGGUUCUGAUUUUAAACGUGGUGGUUCAAAUGGUCCUGGGAAUUAUACCACCAUGAAACAGAGGAUGACUCUCGCUGAUUCUCAGAGUCAGAUUCAGGUUUCUAGAUCAUCACUUUUAACGACAGCUGAGCCAAGUGACAGGGCCUCUGACGUGACUAGAAAACAUAAUUUUGGUAAGGAAAAUGGAAGCAAAACUAUGUCUAGAAGCUUUCUUAAAAAUGAAAAUUUAGAAGGACAGAAGACUCCAAGGAAAGGUAUAGCACAAGGAAUUGAAUUUACUCCCAAAUAUGGACCUGUUAAGUAUGCCAGGAAUUCUACUGUUCCCAUGGUAAAGAAUAAGACACUGUGUCUUCAAACAGUACCCCAAAAGAGUACUAGUAUUUUGAAUGCAUUUACUCUGAGUAGUAAAAAAGAAGGGGUGCAAGAAAAUAGCAUGUCCGUUCAACAAACUGUUAUGCCGAAAGAAGAUACUCGGAGGCAGAACAAGUGUACAAAAGAUGAUGCUUUCAAGAUAGAAAAUAGUAAGGUGACUGUGGCUGUGAGGGUACGUCCCUUUAGCAUCAGAGACAAAAACGAAGGAACGUUCCAGGUGGUUUCCAUGACUGGGCAAGAGACUGUGGUGCAGCAUCCAGAUACAAAGCAAAUAUACCGUUUCACUUUUGACUUUUCCUUCUGGUCUUUCGAUCAGUCUCACAGCUUUGCAAGCCAAGAGAUGGUAUAUCAAUCCUUGGCCGUACCUCUCCUAGAAAGGGCCUUUGAAGGAUACAAUACCUGCCUCUUUGCAUAUGGACAAACUGGUUCUGGAAAGUCAUAUACCAUGAUGGGAUUUGAUGAUGAUCAUGAACGAGGCAUAAUACCAAGGUUCUGUGAAGAUAUCUUUACUCGAAUAGCAAAAGCAGAUACACAACAGACCGCUUAUCAUCUUGAAAUGAGCUACUUUGAAGUCUACAAUGAAAAAAUUCACGAUUUACUUAUCCUCAAGGCUGAAAAUGGGCAGAAGAAACAACCUCUUCGUGUAAGAGAACAUCCAGUCUUUGGACCUUAUGUAGAAGACUUAACUGUGAAUAUUGUUAGUUCUUACACGGAAAUCCAGAACUGGCUCCAGUUAGGAAAUAAACACAGGGCUACAGCUGCCACCGGCAUGAAUGACAAGAGUUCUCGUUCUCAUUCUGUUUUCACCCUGGUGAUGACACAAACAAAGACAGAUAUUGUGGAAAAGGAGGAACAUGAAUACAGAAUUAUCAGUCGUGUCAAUCUAAUAGACCUUGCAGGCAGUGAACGUUGCUCUGCAGCUCAAACCAGUGGAGAAAGAUUGAAGGAAGGUGUGAGCAUAAACAAGUCCCUGUUAACUUUGGGAAAAGUUAUUUCUGCCCUGUCUGAGCAAAAUCAGAGCAGGAAGAAGGUGUUCAUUCCAUACCGGGAAUCUGUUCUUACAUGGCUGCUAAAGGAAAGCCUUGGUGGAAAUUCAAAAACUGCUAUGAUUGCCACAAUAAGCCCAGCUGCCAGCAAUGUAGAAGAAACGCUCAGCACUCUUCGAUAUGCUAAGCAAGCAUGCUUCAUAAUCAACGUUGCCAAAGUCAAUGAAGACAUAAAUGCUAAAUUAAUCCUAGAACUGAAAGCUGAAAUUGAGAAACUGAAAUUGGCUCAAAAGAACAUGCAGAAUGUUGACCCUGAGAAACAGAGACUUUACGUACAAGAAAUAACAUCUCUAAGGAUGAAGCUGCACCAACAAGAGAGAGAGAUGGCUGAGAUGCAAAGGGCCUGGAAAGAAAAACUUGAACAAGCAGAAAAAAAGAAAUUUGAAGAAACAGUGGAAUUACAGAAAGCAGGUAUUACGUUCAAGGUAGACAACAGUCUACCUAACUUGGUCAACCUGAAUGAAGAUCCGCAGCUGUCUGAGAUGUUGCUAUACAUGAUUAAGGAAGGAGAAACUACUGUUGGGAAAUGCAAGCCACAUUCACGUCAUGAUAUUCAGUUGUCUGGCGUUUUAAUUGCUGAUGACCAUUGCAUUAUCAGGCAUGUGGAGGGUGCUGUGUGUACCAUCCCAGUGGGGGAAGCAAAGACGUAUGUCAACGGAAAAUGCAUUUCAGGGCCCACAUUUCUGCAUCACGGCGAUCGCAUCAUUCUUGGCGGUGAUCACUAUUUUCGAUUUAACCAUCCAGUAGAAGUUCAGAAAGUAAAGAGUCGGUAUUGUGGGGCAUCCCUUCCUGAGGAUGGUCCAAAAGAUUUUGAGUUUGCAAAAAAUGAAUUGCUGGCUGCACAGAAGGCUCAACUUGAAUCAGAAAUAGAAGAAGCACGGCUGAAGGCUAAGGAAGAAAUGAUGCAGAGUAUGCAAAUUGCGAAGGAAAUGGCUCAAGAAGAACUUAGUUCUCAGCAGAAGAAUUACGAGAACCAGAUAAAGUUAUUAGAAACACAGCUGGAAGAAGAAUCCCGUAGGACUCAGUUGCAGGAAAUGAAUAAUCAGAUGGCUGCAAACAGAAUUCAAGAGCUGGAGAAAGCAAAACAAGGCCUUGAGCUAGAGGUACACUUCAACAAGAAGCGCUUGAAAAUGGAGACGUUGGCUGCCAGAGAGGUUUUGGAAGAUCACGCAAUUCGUCGUGCCAAGAUUCUUGAAGCUCUGGAGGCAGAGAAGCAGAAAAUUGCUCAGGAAGUGCAAAUUCUUCAGCAGAGUCGGGGAAAGAGAACUAAAGCAGAACCAAACUGGAACUCUUUGAAACUGUCCAUGAUGAUCAAGGAGGCCAACACUAUUAGCAGUAAAUUAGAGAAGCACACUGUCUUUUGUAGACAUGAUGCAAUGGAUCAAGAAAAUGGCACUGGCCCUUCUCUUCAAGUGCAGGUCCGCAACAUCAGACUGGGUGUUGCAACUUUCUGGAGCCUUGAGAAAUUUGAAGACAAACUGGCUAUGAUGAAAGAAGCCUAUGAGGCAAACAGUAUUAACAAAGCUGAUGAGAUUUUCUAUGAUCCAACUGAUGAAUGGGAACCUGAUGUUUCAAAUACAUCAGUUUCUUCGCUUUCUACAAGGAGGAGAAGCAGAAGUCUGAGGAAGAGCAAGCGAAUUUCUGGAUGUUUGUCUGAGGUUAAGAUGAGACUGAACAAUUCGUACUUACCUGGCUCAGCAAAUACUUUGGGCAGCCUGAAAUUGGAUCCACCUGAAUCAUUUCUUCCUGGUAUAUGUAAGGAACUGAUAGGUUCAGCUCUGGAUGUGUUGGGACAGACCCACGAAGAAGAGGAGAGCAUGGCACGAAGUCUUUUAACAGCUUUAUGUACUAUAUAUACUGGAGUCACUGCUUUGACAAAGGCUUAUGAGCAAGCUGAAGAAAGUCAUGAAAACUUUUUCAUCGUUGAUCAAGUUGCUCAGUCCUCCAGCAUCAGGAUUACCACCUCUUUUGAACAGUUGGUGGUAUUAACAAAGCACUGGCUGAAUUGUUUCCGAAAAAAUGAUGAGUUUGUAAAAAUUUAUGAUGAACUAAGGGAUGAUAUAAAACAUUUGGGAGGAUAUCUCCAGUUGCUCUUGCAGGGUGGUUGUUCAGAUCUGUCAUCUGUAGUAGCAGAGGCACAAAGGAAAAUAAUGCAGAUGUUGAAACAAAUGGUGAACCAUAUAGGGCAUUUGGCAGCACUUACUGGCUUAGAACUACAUUUUACAGCAGAAAGUAAAGGUGAUGCAAAGAAACAGUUUCUGCAAGAUAUCUGUGAGGGAAUAGAGUCGGGACUGGAGCACCUUUUAGACUCUGUACAGAUAACAUCUAGGGUGAUGCAAGAUGAAAUCUCAAAGUGGUACCCACAAAAUGAGGUUCAGAAUCAGAUAAAGAAUAAAGCAACAGCUUUGGCUAAAGUCAUUGAAAACAUUGUAUCUACUUGUAAAAAGAAGAAAGUCGCCAAUCUCUUAAGGAGAGGAGAAUCUAUUGACCAGGAGUUAAAGAAGGCAACAUGUACUGCUGCUGAAUUCUUGGAUUUCCAUCAUUGCUUGGAACAAGUCCACCAGAUUGUCACAUCUUCAUUACAAGGUGCCUACAGACACAGAAGUCCACUCAGGUAUUUCAUAGAAAAGAUUUGCAUCUUAGCUGGGAAUAUUAAUGCUCUCUGCUAUCCGUCAGCUUCAUCCAUGGACCCAGCAGACAAUCCUGCCCACAAAAAUCCAGAGCUGCUUGGGAACCAGAGUGAAUUAGAUGCUGUAGCAAAGUCACUUGUCAUCAGUUUUGAAAUUGACCAGGGAGACAAUGCAUUGAAAUUUCAGGACGGUUGUAUGCAAAAUACUCACUCUGAAGGAACACAAUCUGAAAGAGGUAAAACUUCACACUCUGAGAAGCAGAAAGGGGUUCUACAAUGGGAAUAUCAGCUUUUGUCUCUACCUGAAAACUUAGGGGAAUCUUCACCUUGUGGAAUACAUUGGGUAUGAAUUAAUGCUUACUUUGUGAACAGUUCAGGGCACAGGCAAUAGCAAACACUUAGUAUGGGUUACGUUGACUUUUGUGUUGGUGCCAUAAGAACAGUUAUCUUGGGAAAUAUUGAAAUGAGAAGACUUGGGACCCAUUCAUAUACUCCCCUUCAGAGUUUGUUCUUCUGUGGGGUGUGGAGUGACUGUUUGGGACUCUCCCUUCUGUGCAUCUAAGGCACUGUGUGAACCAAGCACUCCAUGCUUAGGUUUGUUCUUGUGAAGGCCCAGUUCACCGAGUUCUCCCCUGAAGUGACAAGGUGAGAACUUCUAAGUAAAGGAUGCUUGGCUUAUACCCACUGCCAGCACACCCAGGGUGCGACCAUCACUGCUUCCUGUGAGGAAGAGAAGACAGCCAUGAGGCUGGCCCUGUGCUGGCUGGAGGAGCCACCAACAACCAUGGCAACCGUGAUGUCUUCAGACAGCCAAGCCCUUCUGUCAAGCAUUACCAGGAGCUCAACAGACGCAGCUAAAAUCCAGGAGUGGCUCAAUUGCCGACCGACACACACCUUCCACUGUGCAUGCCCAGCCACUGUGGCAUUUCUGGCAAUGAGGCGGCUGAUGAGCUCGCCAAGGAAGCAACUCAAGCCCACUCCCAUCCCCUUUCCCUGCAGCCAAAGCUGCUAUCCAGAAGCUCAUCCACGACCACCCUGACUCAUGCUCAAACAUCUGGUGUCUACAAGGGCUAUUCAUGGCUUUGGGACUGCUGGGUUGUCCAGUCUUGGCGAGAUGGGGUCUUAUUGGCUCAACUGCAGUCUGGCCACAUGAUGGCACAGAGGGACUUUUGCAACCCUCGCCUCCCACCUGCCCGGAGCCCCUCUGAGGUCCCAGAAUAACCACGGACUGGCUCCACCA